GUUCGACGGCAUCUCCUUAUUAUUAUUCGGACAUGUUUGGAGACAGAAUUGCCAUUGAUAUGUUUACAGCGUCGCAACCUGCGAGACAUGGUCACUCCCGCCCAUGCUGUCUGGUGGUGCUCAACGACACUCAGCCCCGUUGUCUGAUGCGCUUCAAGUAAUUGGCCAUGUAUGAAAAGGGGACCGCAAUGUCUACCAGUGAUUGAAGAGACUGGUAAAGGUCUGGCAAGAUGAACGACUCAGAGCAACCCUUCCCUGUCUUCCAAACCCGGUAAGGCUCGCUACUCAAUCCGUUUGCGGUAUCCUUCCCUUUGGUAAGUUCCCUGCAUGGUUUGGAGGAGUGUCACUCCAACCAGGACCCGGUAUGGCAGCCGCAACGACCUCUCCAGUGUCUAGUCCGGUAUGUGUCCGCCUCACGUCUGCCAGCAUCGCAUCAUUGCCUUUACGACCAAAUCAUAUGGCUGCCCGCUACGUGGCCUGCCAAACUGCAUGAAUGACCAGAUAUAUGGCGAGGCAUGGGACUCGCUACCAGGUAUCUUGCUCAUCUGCCAACUGAACAGACUCGGACGGAGGUCUAUAAGUACUGGCGGCUGCAGUCCCAGUGCCCUUUGCGUCUGCCUCGACAGCAACCACAGCUGAGGCCGUGUCCCCCUCCACGUCUCUCAACCACGUCAUGCCGGUGCGUAUCUCGAGCCACAGUUGGCCCAACUACUGUCACCGCUAGGCCGGCAAUUUUACCACUGACGACACCGAACGUCUCCUUCGAAACCGACCUUGAUUCUGGCAUGAUGUUAUGUCAGCAUGCGGCCAUCAAAAGUACUAUCAAAGCAGUUGCCAGAUUUCGCCUGGGAUCUGAGCCUACAUUUAAGGAGCUGAUGGCUCGCUUUGAGGUCGGGGGAAUAACUACACGCCAAUAUUGAAUAGAUGAAAUGAUUGAAUGUCUGAGCCGAGGCAUGCAUGCCAGGUUCUUAGGGGCCACCGGUGUGUGUUCGGUUCGAAUAGUGCAACCGUCUGAGACAUACCUACAUUCGCGGCACAAAAUGCCCGAACCUUCUUCCUUCAGUUACCAGUCCUGUACCGGUACACCGCCAGCAAGGCCGGGUACCAGAAAACAAGAUAGAGAUACCAUCCAUGACCCUUUGGACUUUUGUACUCCGUUCUUAUACUAGCCAUACUAUUUAUAAGAUCGUUUCAAGUCCAAGCAAAC